AAAUAAAAAUCUAAUCUACUGUAGUUUUUUUUUUUCCUUCGCUUCGUCAUUUAUGAUUUCCUUGCAGAAAGGAAAUUCAUUUCUUUGCCCUUGUUUAAAUUCCUGUCCCCCAAUUUCCUUUACCAACCAUUUUGGGAAAUCCAGAAGACCUCUCUCUAUUUUUGUCUCUACGGGUUAAUAGAAGCUCAGCUAUGGCGACAGUACGAAUGAUAGACAUAGCCGUUAACUUCACAGAUAGCAUGUUCAAAGGUAUAUAUCAUGGCAAGCAAUGCCACGUACCAGAUAUUCCGGCGGUCUUGAGUAGGGCUUGGAGUGCCGGUGUUGAUCGAAUCAUCGUCACUGGCGGGUCACUUGAGGAAUCAAAGGAAGCUCUUGCCAUUGCAGAAACAGAUGCAAGGCUUUUCUGCACGGUUGGUGUGCAUCCUACUAGAUGCAAAGAAUUUGAAGAGGGUGGGGAUCCAGAAAAGCAUUUUCAGGCACUUUUGUCAUUGGCUAAAGAGGGAAUUGAGAAGGGAAAGGUAGUGGCAAUUGGUGAAUGUGGAUUGGAUUAUGACAGGCUUCAGUUUUGCCCAUCUGAGAUUCAAAAGAAGUAUUUUGAGAAGCAGUUUGAAUUAGCUUAUUCCACAAAGCUUCCUAUGUUUCUGCAUAUGCGGGCAGCUGCUGAAGAUUUCUGUGACAUUAUCAAACAAAAUAAAGACAGGUUCUGUGCUGGGGUUGCCCAUUCAUUUACUGGGAGUGCAGAAGAUUGUGAAAAACUGCUUUCAUUCAGUAAUCUUUUCAUAGGUGUUAACGGUUGCUCCCUGAAGACUCUUGAAAAUCUUGAUGUUGUAAAGGGCAUUCCAAUUGAGAGAAUGAUGAUUGAGACUGAUUCUCCAUAUUGCGAAAUCAAAAACACUCAUGCAGGGGUUAAUUUUGUGAAAUCUAUGUGGCCUUCUAAGAAGAAAGAAAAGUAUGAUCAAAAUUGCACUGUUAAGGGUCGCAAUGAACCUUGUUUAGUUAGGCAAGUUCUUGAGGUGGUUGCUGGCUGUAAAGGUAUCACUGACAUAGAUCAACUGAGCAAGACCUUGUACCGGAAUACCUGCAGGGUUUUCUUUCCUCAUGACUUGGAUACUGCGGCAGAUGCUCUUCUUGCCGGUGAUCGAGAUACUAAGUGAACAAAAACUAGUGACUUUGAGGAAUCAGUUUUUUUUUUCCCCUUUCUCAAGGAAGCAUGAGUUAACAGUUCUACUAUUUUAAAAGUGCUAUGUGGCAUUGCAACUGAAUUAUUUCCUUGGGUGAAUAAACAAGAGAAUUGGAUGUACUUUCCGCAAUGUAAACUGAAUACUCUGUAUGAGAUACUGCCAGUUCUGGAAAUUGAUAUUGGUUUUUUUCAGAAGAAUUUUGGAAUAAAGAUUAUAUAAUGAACUUCUGCAGAUGAUGUGUAAUUCAUAGUAGCAGCAUCAGUGAAUCACAAAUUCAAGCUUGAUAGAGGGUUUUCUCUUUA